UCGACGCAGUAUCACGCGCGUCUCGCCACGAUCAACCGGUCCACGGCAGUCUACAUAACACGUCAUGGUCACCAGCGCCACGACGUCAGGUUACCGCGGUCGUGGUUUGCGGACGUCCAACGGCCGUCGUCCCGCGGCGGAGGUCUUGAUGGCUGUAUCCGUGCUGGUACUGGGGCUGUUGUCACUGAUUGGGCCGACGAUCGAUUGUCGACGAGCGGACAAGCGCAGACACCAUUGGAAGAUGAACGUGAUCAAAAACCAUUUGAAAAAUCACAAGAGUCUCGAGGGAAUGGUGCGGCUGGUCGACGGUGAAUCCGAAUACGAAGGUAACGUGGAGAUAAUGCACCUGGGAAAAUGGGGUUCCAUCUGCGAUGACGAAUGGGACUCAAGAGAAGGCCAAGUGGUGUGCAGACAAUUGGGCUACAACGGAACGUCAAGGGUCACGCACAGUUCGCAUUUCGGACAAACAGCCAGAAAGUACUGGAUAGACAACACUCAAUGCGGCGGCCAAGAGCUGGAAAUUUCCGAGUGCCGAUUUGACAGUUGGGGUGAGAACGACUGUGACCCAUCCGAAGCGGCAGGUGUGGUGUGCAAUUCGCCGGAACCCGAAAAGYCCAAAUAUUCUGUGCCCACGGUGACAGUUGCGGCAAAAAAAGUCAUCCAAAAGUACAGGAUCAAAGAUACUAAUUUUGGGUCGGACAUCGAAUUGCGACUGGCCGGCGGCAGGACUUCGGAAGAAGGCAGAGUGGAAGCAAAGACCAAUGACGAAAUGGCGGACUUGGCGGUGAACGCAGACGAACUGAUGAGAUCGGCGUACCUGGAGGACAGGCAGAUGUACUUCUUGCAGUGCGCCAUGGAGGAGAACUGUCUGGCGUCGUCCGCGUACCAGCUCCGGCGGGACGAGACCGAUUGGCACCUGAUCACCCGACGGCUGUUGCGGUUCACCGCGAAAAUCACGAACGUCGGCACAGCCCCGUUCCGGCCAGCCGUGCCCAAACAUCUGUGGCAGUUUCAUCAGUGUCACAUGCACUACCACAGCAUGGAAGUGUUUGCCACAUUCGACGUGCUAGACGGCGGUGGCAUGAAGGUGGCCGAGGGACAUAAGGCGUCGUUUUGUCUAGAAGACAAUCAGUGCACGGACGGCGCCAGACCGGCGUUCGCGUGCGCCGACUACGGUGACCAGGGCAUAUCUGUCAACUGUUCGGACAUUUAUCGGCACAACAUCGACUGUCAGUGGGUCGACGUAUCCGAUCUGAACCCAGGGCUGUACACACUUAAGGUGUCUGUCAAUCCGGAGCACAAAAUCCCUGAGAUGACGUACGCAAACAAUGCGGCCGUGUGUUCGAUGUUCUAUUCCGAGACUUUCGUGAAGAUCCACGACUGCGUCCUACAAAACCCGUGACGGGUUCGUCGAUGACGUGGCCUGGUCUACUAACGACGCCGGCAAGCAUUUAUUUGAUAAAAAAAAAAAAAAUGGAAAAAUGGAAAAAUGGAAAAAUCUCGAUGGUUAUUGCGUGCACCCGAGUAAAACAAUAUUUACACUCGAUGAUAAUAUUAUGUGAUAGAAUUUUUUUUUUUUAAAUUUAAUUAUUAUCACGCGAAUAAACGUACGACGACGGUAUUUUUAAAUAUUACGUAUGGUAUAUCGUCCACCGCGCGAACGGUGCCAAACGUAAUAUCAUAAACGUCRUCGUUCGACAACACUACGCUGUACAUACGGGCAAUUCGCUGUCAAUAAUAUUAUCAAAUUUUAACUUUGAAUUUUGUUCGCAGUCGCCUAAGAGGUUGCUCGCAUAUUCAGUCAUAUUAUUAUAAUCCUAUAAAUGCACCGAAUUCAAAUAAUCUCCAAAUAAUAUUUAUGGUAUAAUGCACUAGUAGGAAUUUAUAUCGUAUUUUAACAAAUCAUACUACGCCAGUGAACGGAAAACGAGCCUACGGCUAUUAUAGUCAUAURCAUAUAUAUUAUUAUGAAUAACCCAGUAAUGUGCACGUUUAUUUUAUUAAUGUUAGUUACCCCCUCCA